GCGACUCCUCUCCCAGCACGAUAUCGCCGCCUCCUCCAUUCGCCACGGCAUCGAAUAUACCACUGCCACCAAGAUCUCUCACGCCGCCGUCAAAUGCGACGCCAUCUUCUCUAUCACCUCUGACGGGCUCAUCGACAACUAGCGGCUCACCGACAUCUCAUAGCUCCUCCUCGUCGCUUGUGACCCUGCCUCUCGUAAUCGGAGUCGCAGCAGGAACAGGAUUGUUACUGGGUGUGCUCUUGGUGUGGUUGAUCUUGUCAUGCACAAAGAAGAAGAACAAGAAGCCGCAAGCUCAGAUGAACCAUUACGCAGGCACUUUUGACGAUGGCUCAAAAGCUGGCAAAAGCUACUACAAUGGCUCUCAUGAUUCCUAUUCGAGUCGGCGCAACCCUCAACAAACAGCAGCAGACCAUGUCGUUCAAAUCCCUCCCCCGCCAGGGGCGACAGUGACUACUGUACCUUCAGGUUGGCCAGCACCGCUGUCGCCUCUCAUGGGCAGCGACCGGAACUCGAGCUUCCCGAGCCCGCGUGUCCCCGACUCUUCCAUCACUCUCGGGUUCAACAAAAGCAACUUCACCUAUAAUGACUUAGCAAUUGCUACGAACGGAUUCGCGUUCGAUACCAUAAUAGGUCAAGGGGGUUUCGGGUACGUGCACAAGGGGAUGUUGCCGAAUGGACAGGAGGUGGCUGUGAAGUGCUUGAAAGCGGGGAGCGGACAAGGGGACAGGGAGUUUCAGGCGGAGGUCGAGAUCAUCAGCCGUGUCCACCACCGUCACCUGGUGUCGCUGGUAGGAUACUGUAUGGCCGGAAGUCAGAGGAUGUUGGUUUACGAGUUCUUGCCCAACAAAACCCUAGAGUAUCACCUUCAUGGGAAAGAUCGUCCGCCCAUGGGUUGGUCGACGAGGCUUCGAAUUGCGGUAGGAUCAGCCAAGGGGCUCGCUUAUCUGCAUGAAGAUUGUCACCCUCGGAUUAUCCAUCGAGACAUCAAAGGUGCGAACAUUCUUCUUGAUUUCAAUUUCGAGGCCAAGGUGGCGGACUUCGGACUAGCUAAGCUUACUUCGGACAAUUACACUCACGUGUCGACGCGAAUCAUGGGGACGUUCGGUUACUUGGCCCCGGAGUAUGCCGCGAGCGGCAAGCUGACCGACAAGUCCGACGUCUUCUCUUUCGGGGUUAUGCUUCUGGAGCUGAUCACGGGGAGACGUCCGGUGGACCACACCGGCGAACUGAUGGAGGACAGCCUCGUAGAUUGGGCUAGGCCCCUAAUCGGACGUGCCUUGGAAGAGAGCAACUUUAACGAGUUGGCCGACCCGCGGCUAGAAGCCGAUUACGAUUAUCAUGAGAUGGCGCGCAUGGUCGCGUGCGCCGGCGCGUGUAUACGGCAUUCCGCUAGAAGGAGACCCAAAAUGAGCCAGAUUGUUCGAGCCCUAGAAGGGGAUGGUUCUUUCGACGAUCUAAACGACUGGCCGAAGUCGACCGGCCAAAGCUUGGCCACCGACGGAUCGAGCAGUACCGAUUACGAAACCGUCUCUUAUAGCGAGAACAUGAGGCAAUUCAAGAAAGUCGCGGUUCAUGGUCACGAGUACGUGAGCAGCGAGUACGGUGGCACGAGCGAGUACGGGCUCAAUCCUUCUUCUUCGAGCAGCGACUCAGAGGAGGGGAGCAAAGGCGGGUCCAGGAGACACAAUCCGUGA